AUGUUCACAGCGAAGAUGAUUGGUGCUAUGCCAGCAGUGGCGGUGCGCCACGAGCGUCGGCGGAAUGAGAAGAGAGGCGGAGGACGGCGGCCGUCGCAGCUGCCCCUACAGCUGGGAAGACCGGGGGAAGGAGAGCCCACGCCCUCGCCUGACCACCACAGACCACUAGCAGAAGUUGUAUGUAGCAAGUUGCUGGCCCUCCACUUCGUAGUGGGCACCCUCCUCCUGGGCAUCGUCAUCAUGGUGGUGGGAGUCGUGCAGCUGUCUCCAGGGGCUGAGGCAGCGCAGCACCGGGACCUUGUGGGCAUCGUCAUUGUGGUGGAAGUCGUGCAGCUCUCUCCAGGAGCUGAAGCAGCGCAGCACCGGUAUUACCUGAUGGGGACAGGCGCUGUCCUCAUGAGUGCUGGAGUGCUGGGAUGUGUACUCAGAUGUAUUUUCCUCCACUGGCACAAGAAAUACUACCGGGAGGAUCACCGCGAACCGGCGCACAAAAACGGCGUGUCCACCGUCGAGGCCGGCCACGACAAGCAUGUCGCCGACAAGCAUGUCGCCGACAAACAUGUCGCCGACAAACAUGUCGCCCACGACAAGCAUGCGCCCGCGCACGCGCAGGAAAAGAAGCUGAAGAGUCAGGCCAGUGUCGGGCAUGCCGAGGUGCUGAUCAAACAGCCGUCGGCCGCUAGCGACACCUAGAUCUAGAUUAAAAUCGACCACUAGAUAAUCUAGGAUAAGUGCUGCUCGGGAGCGGCUUUCGCUUUUUGAUAGUUAAAUAAGUUUUAUGCCAUUGGACUUUUGACACAUUGUGCCGCCUUUAAAAAUCUGUUAUCGAUGUAUUACUUACUCGUAGCGCAUCUCACUGGCAUUAAUACAAAAGUAUCAGGUACGUGCAAAAUCCACGGUCGGAUUACGACUGAACAAAAUCAAAUACAUACUAUUAUUUAAAUAUUACGUACGAGACAUUAAAAAUAAAAAAAACUGUAAUUCAAAUAUGUAACUAUAUUUGAAUAAAAUAACUUUUUAAUCUUAUUUAAUCCAAUACAAAAAGUCUAAUAAGAUAUCACAUAAUAACUCAUCAUUACUCUUAUCUUACUUAUCUAAACAUUUAACAACCAAAAAUGCUAAUAAGAAAUUUUAUUUAUAUACAUUAUACAUACAAUAUUUACAAUUUUUUACAUAUCGCAAAUAUAGUGAUACAAAUAUACGAACAUCUGUUUCAAAUCAAACCACUCGAGCUCAAUUAUAUGAUUCAUAUGUUACCCUUGACUGACUGUCUGUCUGUCUGUAACAGUUCAAUCCUAAGAUCCUAACCUCAAUGCGAGUUGCAAAAUAGCGUGUUCGGAAGUGCAUCGUCAAGUUCUUCAAAUCUGUGUAUGAUUCUAUUGUAGAUUUUUUCUAACACGAACUAUUUCGGUAGUUUUUUGUAGCAAUUAAACCGAUGUCUGCAGACUUUUUGGGUUGUAAAAUUUUACAUUUGUUUUUUUAGACGUUUGUGUAAAAUUUCGAACCCUCAUUGCUGUAUUAAUAAAGAUAACAAAGCCCUUGCGAACAAAAUAAUUUGUAAUUACUGAAUCCAAUCACUUCAGUGACAUUGUAUAAUACGACAUUUCAGUGUGUACGAGUAUGUACACGUGUACUACAAAUAUCAUAUACAAAAAGCGAAAGUCGCCACCCGCGGGCAGCGAGUGUAUGGUCUGAGCUCGUGCAAGCGCACCAACAUCUCGUUUAUUUCGUGUUAAGACAAUUCCUUCCAAUCGCGUUAAUUUCCCUUAAUUUAUUUCGUGUACAUAUUAAUUAGAUAUACCCAUAUAUCUAUGUACUAACAGUUACAUAUCAUUUUACUUAGAACCCGGUCAUGUAGUUUUAAGUUCGUGCUCCGGCUAAACUCGAUGUAUAUAUGUAAACGCGCCAGAUGACCGUUGAGCACUCCAAAUUUCAGUUUUCAAUAUAUUUUUGAGACCCUUUACAAUUUUAACCUCUGUACUUAAAAAUUGAUUGAUUUUGUUGCUGCAGCUUUAGAGGGAAAAGUUUGCACUGAUGUAUGUGAAUAUUGUCGCGAACGUGAACAAAUGUUUAUAGUUAUUUUUUUCUUUCAUCAUCGUGUAUAUUCAUAGUUUUAUUGUUUGGGGUAAAAUAGAACACAUUUGAGCCAAGCUUUUCUCCCUAGAGUUUCAGAUUUGUAGAUGUCGCAGUCAGUUUAAUCAGGAUUCUGAACCCAUUUGUACCAUUUUCUACGACGACUGCGGCCGUAGCUGACAUAGAAUCGGUAUCAAAAUUAUAGAUAAGGACCACUCUACUCAUGAACAUAUUAAAUUUGAAAACUACUAAAUUUAUUGACAUUCUAAAACCUUACCGUCCGGUUAAAAGAAAGGUAUUUAUUUACUCAUAAAGUUAUUUAAACAGUUUUAAUCUAAAUAUAAACAUUGACAUACAAUUACAGGUUAUAGACCAGGCCCCAAUUUCACCACGGUGACAGGUGCGACAAUUGUAAAAUAUCACUGUUACUGACGUCACAGGCAUCCAUAGGCUACGGUUACCGCUAACCAUCGGGCGGGCCGUAUUCCCGUUUGCCACCAUCAUUGUAUUAUUAAAAAAAACCUUAUUAUAUCGGAGAAAACCAGAUAUUUCUCUUGCUAUGUUUAUGACAACUGUCACAGAAACACUACAAUUGUCACAAAAUUCCAACAUAUACCUACCUCAUUACCUGUCAAGAAUUACCUACAAUUCUUCAAAAUCUUGACAAUUGUCAGAAACUUCGCAAGAGAAAUAAUAUCUGUUUUUUUCCAGUAUAAUAAAGUUUUUUAAAUAAUAAUGAUGGUGGCAAACAGGAAUACGGCCCGCCCGAUGGUAAGUGGUAAUCGUAGCCCAUGGAUGCCUGUGACGUCAGCAACAGUGAUGUUUUACAAUUCUCGCACCUGUCACCGAUAUGAAAUUGGGGCCAGAGCUUUCAUUUUAUUAGGUACAUAUACCUAUAUACUAAACAAUUCCCAAUUAAAAAAAAGUAUCUUAUACCCUUCUUAAUUUACAUGAACACAUUUCAAAAUAUAUCGAUUUUGACCUGUAAAACAAAGUCAUUGCAUUUAAUAUAAGUUAAGAUUCAAUUACGAUCAUUUAUGUCAUACAUACUUAAUGACGAAUUUAUCUGAAGUUUUAAUUGUAGUACUAUGUUUUGUAGUUGUGUUGUGACGUCAUAUGAUUGGGAUAAAUCCGCGAUUUGCGGUAAUCAUAGUUAUAUCAGUAACAUAGUUUUGUGUACUAGGUGUUGUCGAUCGGUGUUUUAAUAUUACAAGCAUAACAUAGACCAACGAUAACGUAAUUUUAACAGGUUUAUUAGCUGGAGUUUCUGAAAUGUGAUGUCAAAAUGUUUAUGAACAUAGAAGGAAAAAUAGAGGGAAAAAGAAGAGGAAGGCCUAGAAUAAAUUAUUUCAAACAAAUAAAAGAAUGGGUUCAGGUCGUGUCAUACCAGAAGGUUAAGAAGUUGGCAGAGGACCGGACGGGUUGGAGAUUGCUCCACCGACAAGAGCUCAGCUCUUAAAUAUAAAGAAGAAGGAGUCAAUUUGUUUGAAACUUGAGUUCAAACAUAUCAUAUAUAUUAUCACGUCACAAGAUAUUUGAUUCUCGUGUGAUUUUUUCAUAUUGCUAUAGCAAUAGCAAGAACAAAAUACCAAACAUAAUUUAUUUGUGCGGGGAUGGUGGGCGUAUUUGUCUACGUGACAGCGUGAUAAAAACAGCGUCAGCGAGUUAAAAAGUGACACUUAUUUUAUCAUAUAAAUCCUUUAUAAUUCUCCUGCCAAGCUGUCUAGCGGACAAAUCUGUCAAUAUAUAGGUAGGUAUAGCGAUUUCUGCUUGAUCGUAAAGUAUUCCUUAUGUACUCAACAAGCACAUAAGCAUCACAUUCCAGGAAGCCCAGUACUAGCGUCAUUGUCAUCACUAUAUUGUGUUGAUUUAGUGUUUAGCCAACUAUUUCAAGUAGGGAAAUAUAUUGUUUUGCAUCCUUCUUCGAGUCAUUAAUUAAAUUAAAAGGGGAGGUCAGGGAGAAGUAUUCGACAGUAAUAAUUAAUUCGUGGUUAAUAAAAGCAUAACUUAAAAAUAUUUCGAUUACAGUAGGUAAGUAAUCAUUUGGGAAAUGAAACUGGAAAUUUUAUAAAGAUUAUAUUCGCCCCGGCCGCCCCUAUCUGAUUUCUUUACUAAAUUCGAAAUAAUAUUGGAAUUUAUAUCCUAAGAGACUGAAAUGAGUGUUCUAAAGUAAAUUUCAAGGAUGUAUCUUAUUUAACGGUUUUUGAUACGUAUUUUUUCGCUUCAUUGACGGAUCGUUUAACAUUUUGUAUGUUCCGCUGAACUUAGGACAUUCGCGUAUACAACUUUACAGUAGAACUAACUUUGAGCGAGAAACAAAGUUCUUCAAUGCCCAGAAAUGGUAAUAACUCCUUUGAUCAUUACUACUUAUAUCAAACUCAUCUUCUAACCAAAAAAAUAUAUGCUAACUAAACAUAAUAUCUAAAAUAUUGUUUUUCUUAUUUCGUUUUCUGGGACACGUCACGUAGUGCCAGAGCCAAGUUCAGUGACUAAGUUUCCUUUAGAACGCUACGGAAAUGAUAAAUAAUGUUUAUAUGUUUCACUUGGGUCCAAUGUUUCGGUGAAAACAUUUGACUUUCGGAUAUCUCGUGCAUGCCUUCACAAACUUGCAGCCUGUAUGAGAAAACGUAGUUCUAUCUCUUUUCUAUAUGGAAUGAGAUAUUCACAAUCGUCCGCAGCUAAUUGAGAGGGCAUGCACAAUAUUUUACUUUAUCCCUAAACGAAAUAUAUAUGCUUUAAGCAAGAAAAAGUAUUGUUUGUAAAUGAGUAAUACUCCUCGUUAGGUAUUAGAUAGCAUACAUCGCAUUUUAAAAUAUCUCUUUAAUGAAUAUUCAAUUCAACAAGGAUGGCCAUGAUUUUAUUAGGGAUUGACAGACACCGAAGUGUGGCUGGAAGAGGCAAAUGAAUGUUUAUUUAAGUAUUCCAUACUCUAUGAUACGUUCGUCGAUGUGUUAGGUUAAGGAUAGUGUUACAGUAAUAUAAUAUCUACAUUACAUUAGACGGUAAAUUAUUUAUUUCAAGCAUAGCUUCAGCUCUGAAUCUCGUGCUUGGAAAUUGUUGCCAAAGAUAUUUUAUAAAUUUUUAACCGUCUUUAGUUACUUAAUCGCAUGUUAUACGGUGGGUGCUGCAAGAAUUGAAUUGAGAGUGAUGCAGGAAGUUUUUACAGUUAUAUUUUACUAAUAUUUUCUCUAGUUUAUCGUUAGCCGCUUAAAGUGGGCAACCGUGCCAAAACCGCGACCGCGGGGGAGUCAGGCGACCCGCAAUCUCUUACUUAAGCUUCCAUAUUAAAUUGUAAAAAUAGCUUAAACUGUAUUAAAUAAACAUCUUUUAAGUUGUCUGGCUGUUGAGGAAAAAAGUCAAACAGCCAAACAGUGAUUCAGGAAUAUUCGCUAUUAGCGUCGCGUAAAGUCAUACAUUUUCGAUAAACGUUAAACAUUCCGCUGUGGCUUCGUAUUGUAUGAUUAUACCGUCAAUGGAAUAAAUUAUAUGUGAAACGCAUAAAUUAAUGUUUAGUAUUAUGAACAAUGUAUCAUUGUGUACAAUAAAUGUUGUGUUAACCAUUGAAAAAAAAAAUCUGUUCAUACAUAUAUAAUAUAUAUGUAUUUAUGUAUCCUAAAACUAACAUUCGGACUAGAGGUUCCUUUAACUACCCGCCCUCCCAACACCCCCUCUAUUCACUGUGAUAAAAUAAUUGUAAGAUUAAAGCAAAACAAUGAUAUGUAUUUAUAACAUUACUGUCUAUCAAAAAUAAUUAAGUUUUAAGACAAAAUAUCCUUACAGUUAUUUCUGAACAGUUCUCAAUUCUCAAAAAGUUAUUGUUUUGUUCAUGUGUUUGUGUAUCACAGUGAAUAAUUUUAAUAUUCAAACCUGGUAUAUAAUUAUUGAUCAUUCGCUAAUAACACUCCAUCAAAACCAUUGUAAAUAUCAUUUAUGGCCUGAUUUUAUUUAUUAAAUAUUUUUAAACCAAUCUCACGCGACACAGGCCCUACAUCUAAAUUUUAAUAUUACUGUUCAAAUUAUUGUUUUUAAUAUUUAUCAUUAUAUUGACAUGUUUUAUAUUGAUAUAUUUUAAUUUAAUUACGACUGUGCUGUUUUAUAUCUCAUAUAUUUUAUACCAAUGUCUCUAAAUAAAAUGUGGACGGAAA